AUGGUGGGCAAGAAGUCGGGCAAGGCCCUUCGUGAUGAGGGUCUCGAGCGCACGGAUAAUAACAUGGAGCUUUCCAGCUGGCCCCAGAUCCCAGCUAUUAACCAGAAGAAUUACUACACUGACUACCUCAAGAGAGACGACCAGUACCUGGCGUUCAGACUACAGAAUGAGGAGGCAAGGACGAAAAUGACCAAAUCCGCCAAGGACAAAGACCGCGCCCUCGCAAUGGCUAAAUCCAAUGAAGGUGGCGAUGCCGAGGCAGAGGCGGACGGUGAUGCCAAUAUGGAGGACGCGGAAGAGGUACCGGCGGAGACUGUUGGCUCCAAGGUCAUUAUCAUUCACAUUGGCAGCCAGAACCUGCGCAUUGGAUUGGCUAGUGAUGCCUUGCCGAAGACAGUACCAAUGGUCAUUGCGCGAAAGUCGAAGACUAGCGAAAGCGAAGACCGAGAGGAACCUAAACCAAAAAGGCAGAAGCGAGACGAUGACACCCCCGAGGAGGCCGAGAAACUCUUUGGUGAGGAGUGGUCGUCUCAUUUCAAUCGGAUGUCAGGAGACCUCAAGGUGCACAUGCGACAGAACAAGCGUCGAAUGCUGCCCAACUCGAAGGAAAUGGUCGUGAACUAUAACCGAAGAACGAACCCUGAGAUUAUCUCGGAACACAACGAUCCACUGCGUGUCGACUGGACAGAGCUGUCCAAUCCUCCGCCAGAGUACAUCAUCGGACAAGCUGCGCUAAGGGUGCCGGACUCUUCAAAUCCUCGCUACAAGCUCUAUUGGCCUAUCAAACACGGUUGGUGCAAUGAAAGGGACUACCAGAGCAAGAGAAUGUUGUUUUUGGACAUUUCGCUCAUCCUUGAAGAUGCAAUCAAGACUCAAUUGGGUCUGGCCAGCAAGAAGGACUGGCCCCAGUACUCCUGCGUAUUUGUCAUUCCUGAUCUGUACGAGAAGUCAUAUGUCAACCAGGUGCUUGAAAUGUUGAUGCGAGAAUUUGCCUUUGCGCGGGUUUGCUUCAUCCAGGAAAGUUUGGCGGCAACGUUCGGUGCCGGCUUCACCUCUGCCUGUGUGGUGGAUGUUGGUGCUGAAAAGACAUCAAUCUGCUGCGUAGAGGAGGGCAUGUGCGUUGAGAACUCACGCGUGAACUUGAAAAUGGGUGGUCGAGAUGUCACCGAGACCUUCAUCAAGAUGAUGCUGCAUGAUCACUUCCCCUAUGCCGAUAUUGAUCUGUGGCGGCGGUACGAUUGGUUGCUGGCAGAGGAAUUGAAAAAGAAUAUCUGCACGAUGAACGAGGCCAGCGUUUCCCCACAAGUCUUUGACUUCCACCUUCGAGUAUCAGGUAAGGAUACCGUGAAGCACACCUUCAAGGCUUUCGACGAAGUUCAUCUGGCGCCCAUGGGCUUUUUCGAACCCACUAUAUUUGACAACGAGGACAAGCUCAAAGGGCGUCGAAAGUUGAUUGAACCUUCCGUUGACAUAUAUGAUGGGUCAAACAAUGACCCUACCUCUGGAGCCCAGUCCGAAAUCAUGACUGCUCUCGCCCCUCCACUUCCACCCAGCGAAAAGGCCGAUGGAGAGGCCCUAGUAGCGACCGCCGACGUCCAACCCACUCCCAGCAAACCCCAACAGCCCAGUGCAUUGGGACGAAUCCAGGAGCAGGAGGCCACGCCCCGCUCAUCUGUUGCUGGCUCCCCAGCGCCAGAAGCUGCAGGCACUCCACAGGCAGGUGGAAGCACCCCUGCUGUACCUGCACCGACGUCCCAACCGGCUCGUACCUCGGUCGAAUAUCGCAAUGAUAUUUUGCCGAUCUUCCCAUUAGACAAUGCUAUCCUGACCUCGAUUGCACACGCCGCCCGAUCCGAUGAGAAGAAGAUGCGCGACUUUAUCGGCGGAAUCAUGAUCGUUGGUGGUGGCAGCUUAACUAGUGGCUUCAACUUGUAUCUGGAAGAGCGGCUCCAAAUGCUUCGCCCAGGCUUUGCAAAGGAUAUCAUGAUCGGUGUACCGCCACGAGAGAUGGACCCGCAAGUCGUUGUAUGGAAGGGGGCUAGUAUAUUUGGCAAGCUAAGUGGGACGAAUGAUAGUUGGAUUGGAAAGCUCGAGUAUGACCGGCUGGGUCACCGGCUGAUGGCUUACAAGUGUAUGUGGGCCUACUAG